AUGCCACUACCAAUAGAUCUGCCGUCGCUGAGAUCGUAUUUAGGAGCUGUAAACUGCUAUGGCAAGUGCGUUCGUGAAUUGCGAAAGCUAUGGUAUCCCAUGGAUCAAUUCAUGAAAGCCGGAACCAAGUGGGAAUGGAACAAGACGUGCCAAGACUCUUUCGAUCACUUUAAGGAACUGAUGAUGUCUCCGCUUGUGCUGACCCACUACAAUCCCCAGCUGGACAUCGUGGUGUCUGCCGACGUAUCUUCAAUCGAUCUUCUGACGAGGCUGAUAAACGCCCACAUUCGGCCUGAUGAGGAGUACGUGAUAGCAUCGUUCGAGCUAGAAAGUACGUUCCUCGAUGUCGUUCAUCAAUCGCAGGAAGUUUUUCCGCUCACGUUCAAGUCGAUUCAGGCAAAAACCAGAGCUGAUCCUGUUCUCCAAAAUGUUCUUCAGCACAUCCAGCAGGACUGGCCGACCAAGAAGACCGACGUCACCGACUCAUGCCAGCAAUCUAACUUCGUGAAAACGGACUGUCAGUUAUUUUCGACUGCCUUGCCUACGAACCAUCCAUGCGUCGAGCGAAUGAGAGCGGUCGCACGUAGCUACGUAUAUUGGCCUGGAAUCGACGAGUGCAUUGCCAAACUUGUUCUUUCCUGUGCCGAGUGUGGUCGGGCUGCCAAAACCAACACUAGUACCAACUUGGAGUCCUGGUCCGUACCCGAGAACUCUGGCAGAGGCUGCAUAUUGAUUACAUUGGUCCUGUUGACGAUUGGUACUACCUCGUCCUGGUCGAUGCAUACUCAAAAUGGUUGGAGGUCGACCGAACUCGUCAAACGACAUCACCAGCUACCAUCGAAAUUCUGGAAGGCAUCUUCGCUCGCUUCGGAAACCCGGGGACACUUGUUAGCGACAAUGAACGCCAGUUCAUUAGAGAGCAGUUCGAGGGGUUCUGCAACACCAAAGCGAACUCUCAAGAAAAUUACAGCGGGUGGAGAGGGUCUCACCGAAGCAAUCAACACCUUCCUGUUAUGCUACCGUUCUACACCCUGCCGAAGCGCUCCCGAAGAAAAAUCGCCUGCCGAGAUAACGCUUGGAAGAACGAUACGCACUUCGCUCGAUCUGCUCAGACCGCCAACUGUAUUUCACAAAACAGAUCACUCCAAGCAAGACGACCAGUACAACUGCAGGCAUGGAAGUAAAGAAAUCAGAUACAAUUCUAAGGACCUGGUCUGGACCAAGGUCCUCAAGAACAACAGCUGGAGCAAGGAAGCUGAUCAGGCUCACGAACGCAUUGGAAAUGUGAGUCGGAUGAGGACGGAACAGCUAAAGAGACGCAGCCAACACAGAUUAUGCAAGUCAUUCACACAAAUAAUUGUUGCAGCGAAGUUCGCUACCCUCGGGGCGUUGUCGUUGGUGGUAGAGUGA